CUCGUAUAGUGGGUCACUGCAUUCCAAAAUAGCGUAUUCAACUGCUAAUCUGAGGUCUUCCGAAUCGUGCAGUGUGUUACCACUUUAUGCUGUAUUUUGCGCUUUCCUAGGUUAUCGCCAUGUCGGUGGCUUUCGCACCUCACAGGCAGCGUGGAAAGGGGGAUAUCACUCCCGCAGGAAUACAAAAGUUACUAGAUGAGAACAACCAACUGAUCCAGUGUAUAAUGGACUUCCAGAGUAAAGGCAAGACUGCAGAAUGUUCACAAUAUCAGCAGAUGCUCCACAGAAAUCUAGUGUACCUGGCAACGAUAGCAGACUCAAAUCAAAACAUGCAGUCCCUUCUACCAGCGCCGCCCACUCAGAACAUGUCCAUGGGCCCCGGUGGUAUGAACCAGAGCGGAGCUCCCCCCCAGCCUCCACACAGUCACAACAUGCCCUCGGAGGGCAUGGGCAGCGGAGGGCCCCCGGCCCCGCACAUGCAGGGCCAGAUGAACGGACAGAUGCCUGGACCUAACCAUAUGCCCAUGCAAGGACCCGGACCCGGCCCCAACCAGCCGCCCAACAUGCCCGCCGGGUCCAUGAACAUGCCCCCCAGCAGCCACGGAACCAUGGGCGGCUACAACCACGCCGUCCCCUCCUCCCAGGGCAUGCCGGCCCAGAGCCAGAUGAACAUGACUCAGGGCCAGCCUAUGGGCAACUACGGCCCCCGGCCCAACAUGAACAUGCAGCCCAACCAAGGUCCCAUGAUGCACCAGCAGCCUCCCUCACAGCAGUACAAUAUGCCCCCUGGUGGCACCGGCCAGCACUACCAAGGCCAACAGAACCCCAUGGGUAUGAUGGGCCAGGUCACCCAGGGGAACCAUGUCAUGGGCCAGAGGCCCAUGCCACCUUACAGACCCCCGCAGCAAGGACCCCCACAGCAGUACCCAGGGCAGGAAGACUACUAUGGCGACCAGUACAGUCACGCAGGACAGGGCGCCUCAGAAGGUAACGCGCAGUACGUCCAGAACCAGGAGGCGUACCAGCAAGGCCCGCCCCAGCAGCAAGGCUACCCACCCCAGCAGCAGUAUCCCGGCCAGCAAGGCUACCCUCCGCAGCAACAGGGAUACGGUCCUUCCAGAGCGCCCCGGGCAGUACCCCAACUACCCCAGGGGCAGGGGCAGCAGUACGGGCCUACCGCCCACCUCAGCCGGACCCCCCCAGGGCCAGCAGCAGCGCCCUAUGCCUACGAACAGGGCCAGUAUGGAAAUUACCAGCAAUGAAAAGAUGGUCACAGCAAACCCACACAGCCCCGCUCUGACCUCUUCUCUGAGCUUUGACCUCUGGGGUCAUCUGUUGAGUAGAAUUUUAAAUUAUGGCUGCAGCUCGAUGAGACACACCCAGCGCGCGCGCACACACACACACACACACACACACACACACACACACACACACACACACACACACACACACACACACACACACACACACACACACACACACACACACACACACACACACACACACACACACACACACACACACACACCGAUUCCCUCUUCUGGAACAAUCCAUCGGGGCGCUCAUCCACACCUGUAAGAUGUAUUGUUGUGUUGUCAACGCUGACGUGAUGCGGCCCGUUUCUCAGAGCUCUUUCUCCGGUCGCGGCGGUCUCUCCGAGCAGCGUAGCCUUAACAACACCAAACAAACAGAGCUGCCUUAUCGUACAAACAUUGCAGUUUUUGUGAAACUGGCAUACAAAACGUGAAAUUUGGGGUAUCACCAAUUGUUUUAAAUGUACCAACUCGCUAGGUAGGUGGAUGCAUUCCCCCCCGCCCCCUCCCUCUCGCUCCCUGUCAAUGAGAAGCAAUAAUGCCAACAGUAGAGAUACGCUUUUUUGAUGAGGUUAACUUUGUCUAUGACUUUGGAGACUAGUCCUAAAUACUGUGUUGUUUAUUUCCUUAACUGUACGUGUCAAUGUAUCUUUUUGGUUAUGAUCUUUUAUGAUGAUCCCAUCCGGCACAUUUUGUAUUAUUUUGUUUUGUUUUAUGUAUUUCUUUGAUGAAUUGUAUCUGUCUAAAUUACAAUUUCAAGACCGAUGUGGUCGCCCCACGGUGGCUUUGGUGGUACAAACACAUGCUCCUGCACAAUAUGGCGCUAAAAUACAAACCUAAUCGGUAUACUUUUUGGACCUGGACUGAAUCGUUAAAAAUGUAGCAUGCCGGCCCGGCUUUGGUGAAACUGAACUAGAACUAUUAAUUUAUAUAAACCAUUUUCAGGGUUUUCUACUUUAUUUAGCUCACACAGGGAUCUACCAAAUUUGCCAUUAGAGGAAUAGCCGUCUGCGUGGUUGGAAAAGUGUGCCGAAGCAGAAGACGCAUAGCGGACAUCUUUUGAAAUGUAAGGCCAUCCCUCCCUGCUUGCCAAAGCCUUCUCCUAUUAUUUGAAUUAGUUGUUUAACUAAAGUCCACGGCCAUUUUGUCCACUGACUGCAAACCAAUGAUUGCGGGGGUGAAAAACCACCCCAAUCUUAACUACGGUUUUGUCAUCCUUGACAAUGCCGGAGGAUUAUCUCCUUGAAUAGACUUCUGAGGCAAUGCCAUCGAUAAAGUGUUGUGUACGAAUCAUCCGAAAAAAAACUUGUUACUAUCAUAUAUGUAACAUAAGAUGUGAAAAUAAUGUUUUGGAGAGAAAAAAGGAUUUCAUAAUUUUACAGUUUAAAAAAAGAAAAACAACGGGUGGUGCAGUUGUGGCUACAGCCGCUUGAUAUGUGUCCUAUGGUCAGUGUUGCCAGGUUGGGUGGGAAAUCUGACCCAACCUGGCAACACUGCUUAGUUGAUCUGGUGUACAGUGGCAUAGAGGAGGAACAGACACGGUCGUCCUCAUCUUGUUUAUAUGGCUGUUUAAUAUUUUUCAUUCUGCACCCAUUCGCAACAGUGUCGGUUGUCAUUGAAAUGUAAAACUGUACAUUAUAAUAAACUACAAAAAAACAAA